AUGUAUCCCGGUAUUGAGAAGAUCGCACUCGAAAACGAGCCGGUGUUCGCGUACUUCGACGAGAAAGACCCGCGCAGUGGCCAAGCCGCCUACCAGCAUCUCGAGGGUUAUCUCCGAGCCGAAGGGCCGUAUGACGGGGUGAUUGCAUUCAGCCAGGCGGCGACAAUGAUCCUGACCUAUCUAAUUUAUAUUUUCCACCGGCGAAUGCAAGGGCAUGAUAUUGAGGUUCCGUUCAAGUUCGCGGUAUUGUUCUCAAUUGUGCGACCGCCUGUGGACUAUGAGGAAUGGCAGCGGGGUAAUUUGGUUGAUAUCAACUUGGAAGCGAUGGAGGGCAUAGUUGAGAUUCCUACGGUGCAUGUGUGGGGUGCGCAGGAGAUUUCCGCUGCCGAGGCGUACCAGACAAGCAUGGUGUGUAGGCCAGAUAUCAAAUGGGUGUACGAGCACCCAGGGGGGCACGAGAUCCCUGGAUCUGGGCUCAAGCAUGCUGUAACGGGAACCGCCAAUGCUAUUCGCAGGGCGAUUGAGACUGCGUCUGAUAUCUAUGAAAUUGAAACACAACGAUGCUGA